UCUGUGGACAGUGUCAGCAACAUGGAUGUAAUGGAGUCUCUGAUUAAUGGAAGUGUGCUGAUAGUUCACCAGCUCCAUCAGGGGAAGCACCAGUAUGAAGUGGAAAAUGUUGUUCAGUACCAAAAAUCAAGUGGACCCAAACAAAUGAUGAGGCGAGGAGACAAGCUAGUGCAAAUAAACGGAACUGACCUGCAGGAUUACACCCCCAAGGAGUUGGCUCAGGCCAUAGCAGAAGGUUGUCCAAAGUUGACGGUGCACAAGCAAGGCAGUCAAAGUAAAAAACAGCACAAAGAUCAGCUGUGUUCAGUGGAGGAUGCCCUCCACCCUGUCUCCAAGGAACGUGCUCUGCUACAAUUCAGCAUGGAGAUGCUGAGAGAGGAAGACCUGCAGGAGAGUGAGAGCGGGUCAAGGAAUGAUGCAGAAGAUAAUGACAUAUGCCCGGUUGAAGAUGAGGAGAAAAAGCAAGACAACGAUCUUCUUGUUGUUACCAUGAACAAAACUAGCAUCUCUGUGAUAAGAGGGAGGGGCUGUGAUGCUGGGAGCGCCUGCCGUGGAUGUCCUGGGACGGGAUGUAGCUUCAGUGACAUUGUCAUGGUGUCAGAGUCCAGCACUGUGACUCUUGUUUCAAGAGGAGGGGGAUCUUUCAAACACCUAAAGUCACUGGACACUCCAAUUGAACAUGUGGCCUCCAACAAAUAUCUUCGAGGAAUUUGUUCACAGAAGACUCUUUAUGCGUCACCUCAUCCAGAGAAAAUGACUAUCUACUACUACAAGUCCACUUGUUUGACGCCGUAUUUCCCAGUGGUGUUGAACUUCACUGGCUCUGACUGCUUCCUUAGGUGCUCCAAGAGAGGAGAGCAGGUGCUCCUUCAAGUGGAGACAUGUGACAAGCAGAGACUGAGGAGCAUUUCCAUGAACGACGAAACCACCCUUUCAUACGUCUUCUACAUGAAAACUGACCCCACAAGCCAGCGGAGGUUUGAAUCAGCCCUCUACCGUGGCUGGUAUAUCCAAAUAGUCACAUCAGACGCCACAGAUUCUGUGAAAAUGGCCGAGCUGCAAGAGCCGCGAGAAUGCCAGCCAUUCCUCUUCAUCAUUCAAACAUAG